GAGAGGAGCAGUCUGUUAGAUUAUACUGAAGGAGCAACAACCAACCCCACAUAGUAGCACUGCACUGCUGCCAACAGACAUGGGUUGUUAUGAAUGCUGUACGCGCUGCCUGGGAGGAGUGCCGUACGUCUCUCUGGUGGCAACUCUACUGUGUUUCUCUGGCAUCGCUCUGUUCUGCGGCUGUGGACAUCAGGCACUCACAGAGAGCGAGAGACUCAUUGAAACCUACUUCACCCGAAACAGUCAGGACUACAUCACCCUAGCGUACCUUAUUGAGUAUUUCCAGUAUGUUAUCUACGGCCUGGCCUCCUCCUUCUUCCUGUACUGUAUAGUCCUGUUGGCUGAAGGUUUUUACACCACCAGUGCGGUACGGCAAUCAUUUGGAGAAUUCCGUAGUACCACUUGUGGCCGCUGUCUCAGCACAACGUUCAUCGUGAUUACAUACUUCCUGGUUGUAGUCUGGUUACUGGUGUUCUCCCUGUCUGCACUUCCUGUCUACUUCUUCUACAACAUGGCAAACACCUGUCAGACCAUUAACUUCCUGUCUGAGACGCCCUCCAGCAUCAACCAGCUGUGCAUAGAUGCCAGACAGUACGGUUUACUUCCAUGGAACGCAGUGCCAGGAAAGGCUUGUGGAAUGACCCUGUCUAAUGUAUGCAAAACAAGAGAAUUUUCCCUGACAUAUGAUCUCUACAUUGCUGCCUUCGCUGGAGCGGGGAUGACAGUCUUGGCUCUGCUCACAUAUACUGUGUCCACCACCUAUAACUUUGCAGUUCUACGGUAUCUGGGGAGAAAGGGCAUCAGUCCACGGUGUUAGCAUCUUCUCUGUCCUGGUGUCCACCAGAAGUCCUCCUUCUGCCAAUAACAGCACCAUAUUGCAGCACUUUAGAGUUCCUUAUUAUCACCUUUUCCACACAACAACACCUUUUUCUGACUCUCUUUUUUUUUUCAGAUUUCAUUUGAUCUAAAGAUUUUUAAAAAAAAAAAAUCUUUGCUCCAAAUUAGAAGUUUUAUCUCCUUUAUUUUUACAUCAACACCUCCUUUUCUCCUACGGCAUAAUGCCCAUUUUUUAGGGAAAUAUCUUGAGUUUCCCAUUGCCUGGGAAGUUUGUAUUUGGUAUUCGUAUUAAGUUUAAACUUUGUAUUUUGUUUCGCAUUUGGUAGUCGUAACUGAUAAGUGUGUGUUUAAGUGAUUUUGGCUGAGAACAAAUGAAUGUGUUGGAUUUUUUUAAAUAUUUCUUUUUCUUUUUUACUUGCCAACAAACAAAUGAAGCUUUUUAGCUCCUAAUGCAAAAACAAAAUGAAGUGGAGAAUGCAUAUUUAUUUGAUGCAUAUUUAAGGUGUACUUGAUGAUUUAUCUGUGUAUUUUAUGCUACCACAGAAAAUAAUUGGAAAUGCAGUCAUAUUAGCUUGUUACUUCAAAAAAACAGCUUAAUGGGUAGUAUUCUGGCAAGCUUUAUCAUGAUUUUUCAUCAACAGUACACAAGGCAUACAAACUAAAAUGUACAGAACUUAAAAAAGAGCCACAGUUUACCACUAGUAAUUAUGUUGGUUUGACAAAGCCACCAUACUUUUAUUCUACAGACUAAGUUUAGGGGUUUUCCAAAAUCCCUAAACCAAGACUAAAAUUAUACAAUUGUAAGACUAUAAUCAAUUAUAACUCCUCCUAGAGCUUUCUACAUCCACCAAACUCAGCUCAGACCUUCAGACUGUUCUCACUUGGGUUGCUUUGUCUUUUCUUACUGAUCGGAGGUGCAGUUUUUCCGUAACGGACCACAAAAAAUUCCAUAGACUCCAAUAGACUUUCACUGACGGAAUGUUCAAAUGGGCCAAGACUCUGACUGUCAAUGGGUACGUCUCAAUCUGCCACCUAGUUUAGUAGUCAGGGCACUGACCAGAGAGACGGCCAUUUCUAGGGCUGUUCCAUUCGCAGAUUCGUUCCAUUGCACUGAAAUGUUCGCUCCCUAAAAAUUCCCAGAAUGCACCGUAAAACCAAGGAGCAUCUUUGCUCACAAUGUUUCCAUACCAGAAAAGUUGUCAGGUCUUUUAAAGUCUCAAGUCGUUAGAAGACGAAAUGCAAGUGUAAAAUUUAGAAGUCCAAGCCUUACUUUCUCUUUAAAAGAGAUGCUGUUUGUAAAAUCUUUCAUCCAUAAUGUACAUGAAAGGGAAACAAUCUUUUAAAUAUUCGAGUUUUUAGUAACACUUUUCUUUGUUGUAUUUUUACUUAUGUCAUUUAUCUUUCAUAAUAACUUUUUUUAAUAUCUACCAUAAAAAUGUACGACAGUGUUAUUUAUAUAGCGAUGUUGUUGAUUAAUAACAGCUGCGUUUAAACAUGUGACCUCCUUUUGUGUUGCAGGUAAUUGAGUCAUAAAUGUCCCAAUUGAGUCAUAAAUGUCCCAAUGUUCAGUGGAUUAACACCCUUGCCAGUGCCCAAAUUCGUGUUCACGAUAUACUCAUUCACAACAUAGGGAACUAGGGAGCAAGAUGAGAUGCACCCCUUCUAUCUAGCUAGCUAGCUAGCUCUCUAACUAUCUAGCAGUGUCCCAAACAACACACUAUGCACUUACAAAAUAUACUAUGCACUCAGCCAUGUAGUGUAUGAAUUAUCCAAGUGUAGUAUCAUCCCAAAUGGAACACUUAAAGUUUUUUUUACUACACGGAAGUGUUCACUGUUUUACAAAAUUUACGGAAGUGACGUUUCAAGCACACGUGAUGUGUUUCCGCUAGCUUUAGCGCGUUAGCCAACCUCAGUUCAACACUCGUAUCUUAAACAACAUACAUAUUCACACAGCUUGGGGUGAUGGUAAAGCAUUCAACUCCCAUUUGUAAGGUGCUGUAUCCACUGAAGUUUCGCUAGCUACUACACUCUUCAUUAUUUACAACUGAAGUGUGCAUGAAGUGCAUGAAGUGUCCAACAUUCCACACUUCUUUUUACAGCAUUUUCAGUGUUAACAUACUAACACUACUUGCACUAUAAAAUGGCUUAGAAUAGUGCAGAAGUGUGCGGUUUGGGACACACCUCUACUGUCUGCUGGACUCUCAGUCAGUGUGUCUGACUGUAAGGCCUGUAUAACCUUUAAAGUUUGAACUUUUAAAACUAUUUUUAACAAGAAUUUUUCAAACCAACAUUAAAGUUUGUAUUGACAAACUGUACCUAUAUACUGUAGUUUCACCAUUGUGGUGGUUAUGUGCACCAUUGUUAUGUGCCCUCAUCUCGUAAACACAUUAAUUCCGACAUGACUUGAAGGUGGCAAUGAAUCUUUAAUUAAAGGGGCUGAUCAAUGUUGGAGUUCUCUCUCCCCCCUUAGUGAUACCUUUUUAGGCCAUGGCUGAAUUAUUACUUUUUUAACUUGAUAGGACUCAUGAUUUUUACUUUAUAUGUUCCUACUAUCAAAUGUGUUUACAGUUAGUAUAGUCCAUUUGAGGCAGUUUGCAGAGAUUAUUAGAACCUAAAUGACUUCAUUGUAUAAAAAAUGUAAUUUAAAAUGAAAAUGAAAAAAAAAAUAAAAAUGGUUUGGUAGAUAGGCGAUAUCAUAUACUAAGAUUUUAGUCAGAUGCACAAAAAAGAAAACUCUCGCAGUGGUGAUGGUUUCCAUGGUGAUCAUCCCUCACAUCUGGUUGCCAUGGAGUCAGACAGAGCAAUGUGUGUUGUUUUCUUGUGACCUUGGCACUUUUUCUCACAGACUCUUGAAAGGGCUGAGAAAUGUGUAAACAAUGGAGCUGCCCCGCAUUGUUCAGGAGCCAGUUUGAAGAAAGCCCCACCACAAUCCCAUGCUAGGGGUCAGUUUCAGCAUCAGAAGAUUUCGCCCACCGACAAAGAGGGUUCUGGGACUUUUGUGCUGCUUAAAAGCCCUUCUAUGACUGGUGCACAGAUAGGGCUAAUAAUGUUUGUGCAGGUAUUUAACCAAUGUUGUUGCUAAUAUUAGUUUUUGUGGCUGGAAUAUUUAUUCCCCACUCAAAAAGAAGGUGAAAUAUGCAUUUGUAGAUGUAGAAGAAAAAGAAAAGCAGCCAUUAUCAGACAUAGCCUAAUUUUUUUUACUUGUUUGCUGUAGAUAUAAAUCCUUUGUAUCACUUUCAAGAGUUAAAUAUUUUAUUUUUCAAUUUGGCAUGCUUUUUUAUUAUUUGCUCCUGAAUGUUUUUGAUAAUGACUGUCUUUGAGCCUGAGACAAAGGGUGAUUGAUCACCCCCUAGUAUUUGGUGAAAGCAAGUGUUUAACUUGGAGUUAAAGGAACAGUUCACCCAAAAAUCGAAAUUCUGUCACCAUUUGAACAGAUGCCAACUCGGAUGAGAUUUGAGAGCUAUGGAGGAGGGGAAGAUUUUCAGUGAAUAACAACUGAAAUUUCAGUCUGUUCCUUACACAAAGCUAUCAUAUGGCUUCAAAAGACUUGGGAUAUAGCGCACAAGUUGUAUUAGGACUACAUUUAAGCUAAUUAUAUGGUGCUUUUUCUACUUUUUGGAGGUCGACAGCAUCUGUCCAUCUGUACUUUUAUUGUAUGGGAAAGAGCAUCAUGAACAUUCUUUAAAACAUCCCUUUUGUGUUCCAUUAAAGCAAAUCAGGCAUGCUUGGAUUGACGUGAGGGUGGGAAACUUUUGGGUGAACUAUCCCUUUAAAAACCAGACUAUUGUUUUGUAACUCUAAUUAUCAGGAGAAUAUUGUAGUUAUUGUAUAACUUUUUUUUUUUUUUUUUUUGCUACAUUUUGUACUAAUCAAAGUUUUUUUAUUUUGUUUAAUCAAAUUUCCUAAAUAGCACUAACACUAUUUACAGUAGCUAUUUUGUAUACAGUCAAUGCUUCAUUCUUAUUUAAAGCUUGGCUGCACUGUUUGUUGGUGUAUUUGGUGCUGUAAAAACUGACAGGUUGGGAGUUUAGCAGCAAAUAAAGAAGUCGAUGACUUUCACCAAUGGUUCGGUUCAGUUUGAUUUUGACAUUUAAAGAAACUUUGAUGUUUGUCUUUACUAGGGAUGCACCGAUGUGAAAAUGUUUACCCAAUAAAAAAACUAUAGGCUAAUAACGAUAGCGAUAUUUUGUCAU